AUGGCCCUCACCCACGUCCCCCCCGUCCUUGUCGACGACCUCAUUCCCAUCAUUCUCGAGUCCGACGACCACUGGUGGCCCCGCGAUUUCCAACGGCUCGCCCUCAUCUCGCCCUCGUGGGUCCACCCGGUCAGGAAGCGACUAUAUGCGCGCCCCUCUCUCCGCUCCUUCCGCGCUUGCAAGCUCUUUGCCCGCACGCUCCAGGAGAACCCAGACCUCCUUCCUUACCUCAGCGGCGUCGACCUCCGCCCCGUCGCCGACGGCCGCAAUGUCCUCGACGAGCAGGAGAUGCACAGUCUCAGGGUCAUCCUCGGCCUCAACGGCCUCCGCGAGGUCACCCUCGGCGGUGAUCUCGCCGUCUCUGCUCAGCAGUUCCUCCACGUCAUGUCCAACACCCGCACCAUAACCUCCCUCCACAUCGACGGCCACUCCGCCGCCGACCUCGACGAUGACUUUUGCCGGUCCCCCAUCAAUCCUCAGUUCCACACCCUUCCCUCGCUCGACUGGGACGACGUUGUCGCCUUCCGAUUCCCCUUCCUCCAGAACCUCACCCUCAGCAACGUCACACUGAGCGUUCACCCUUCCAUGAUGGACCGGCCCGGCGCCCUCGAGUCCUUGGCGCUCAACAACGUCGAGAUCGCCGAUGGAAGUCUCCUUCCCGACCUCCAGGGCGCGUGGGACCGCCUCCGCUCCCUCCGUGUGGUCGGCAAGGCGUCAGACGAGAUGGACGAGAACGUGCGGGCAAUGCUCGAGGUCUGCGAGGGCCUCGAGGAGCUCCAUUACGAGUCCGUCGAGAUGUCCUCCCAUCCUUCCCUCUUCGACGACGACGAGCCCGUCCCGCUCCCCGGUCUUCAAAGGCUGUGCCUCGCCGGCUUCGACGCCAAUCCCCACACAUUGGACGCGAUCGCCAGCGCAUGCCCCGCGCUCACGCACCUCGCCGUCCUCGGCCGCAUGGUCCGCGUGUCCCCCGAGCUCUGGCGCGCCUUCCUCAAGUCCGGGGCCGUUCCCCAUCUGCAGCAGCUCGUCUCGCCCGCAGGGACGAUGGCGCCGCCGUUCACGUAUUGGACGCUGGCGCAGACACAGGAGCUGCGGGACGCUUGCCGCGCUCGUGGUGUUGGUCUAGCAGUCGGAUCUGGAAUAGCCUGUUCAAUAUCGGAUUGA